UGUUGUGUUGUGAGGUACACAGUAGACAGUGCCUAUUCGCAAUGGAGAGCGCGCUCGCGGUGCGGUCCGCGUACAAGAGGUACGGUAACAGUGUGGUGUUGAAUGGACUUAACAUGGAUGUACCCCAGGGAGCAAUAUAUGGCCUCCUGGGACCUAGUGGUUGUGGCAAGACGACCCUCCUCAGUUGCAUUGUGGGAAGGAUUCAGCUGGACGCAGGACAGAUCACCACAAAGGCUAAGAAGAAAGCUGACGUUGGAUACAUGCCCCAGGAUGUGGCUCUGUACAACACAUUGAGUAUCCUGGAGACAUUCCUCUAUUACGGCCGACUCUAUGGGAUGAGUCGAAGAGAGGUUUAUCUCCGCACUGAGGAGCUCAUACGACUGUUGGAACUGAAAUCAGCUGGUACCAUAAUUGAUAAACUCAGUGGGGGUCAGCAACGGAGGGUGUCAUUCGCAGUCGCUCUACUACAUGAUCCUCAACUACUCAUACUCGACGAGCCCACUGUCGGCCUAGACCCUGUACUCAGCCAUAGUAUUUGGGAGCACCUUCUGAAGCUGACGAGCAAUGAUAAGAAAAGCAUUAUUAUCACCACUCACUAUAUAGAGGAGGCCAGGCAAGCCCAUGUGGUAGGAUUGAUGCGUGGAGGUGUUCUAUUGGCCGAGGAGUCGCCCAAUCAGUUGAUGGCCAGUUGUGGGAGUGACACGCUCGAACAUGCUUUCCUGGAGUUGAGCGCGCGUCAACAUGGUACGACCGGCAGUGAUGAUGAACUGGACAAGAGACAUUCUUAUCCUGAGAAACAGAAGCCUCUGCCACAACCUCCUCUACAAAACGGAGACAUCUUUGCCACCUCCAGAUUUGUUGCUCAACUUAUUAAAAACCUCUUCUUCAUGUGGAGAAAUAAACCGAUGAUGCUGUUUCUACUCGGCCUACCCAUCCUACAGUGUACCUUGUACAACCUGGCUAUCGGCAGGGAUCCGCAGGGGUUGAAGCUGGCUGUGGUCAAUGAUGAGUUGGAGCACGGCUUGUCAGAUUGUGGUCACAUCCCCUCCACCGGCUGUCACCUCGACCUCCCCCUCAGCUGUCGUUAUCUGAUGCACAUGCGGGGGAAAACACUCAGCGUGGUAGAGUAUCACAACCUGGAAGAAGCGGAGGCAGUAGUACGCAGCAACAAGGCGUGGGGCAUCGUACACUUCGGCCACAACUACACGGAGGCUCUGGUCCAGAGGAUUGAGGACUUCCAGAACGCAGACCCCGACAUCAUCGAGGACGCUAUGGUCAAUGUCAGACUAGAUAUGUCAAAUCAGUACAUAGGCAAUCUACUAAGAACAGACCUGGUGACCAGCUACGCUGCGUUUCUGAGGAGUGUGUUCCGGGACUGUGAGUGGCCGGAGCAAGCCAUUGAUGUCCCCAUUAAGGUUAACGAUCCUGUUUACGGAUCAAGAAGGCCAAGUUUUCUCCACUUUGCAUCACCUGCCGUCAUCAUUCUGUUUGAGUUUUAUCUGCCAGUGAUGUUUACUGUUGGAGUGCUUCUACAAGAAAAAAUGGCUGGAAUUUUAGAAAGAAGUAUGGUAGCUGGUUUGACAGCGCUGGAGAUUGUGCUGGCACAUUCGCUGAUUCAGUUCGUAGUGUUACUGAUUCAGACCAGCGCUAUGUUGCUCGUGAUGUACAAAGUAUUUGACAGUCCUUUCAUAGGAGACUUCUACUGGACAACAGGGCUGUUGCUGCUACAGGGUGUCUGUGGCAUGUGUUAUGGGUUCCUAGUAUCAGUUGUGGCUGAGACCAUGACAACAGCCUCAUUCAUGGGAAUGGGCUCGUUCUUCCCACUUUGUUUAACAAGUGGUAUGGUCUGGCCGCAGGAAGGAAUGCACCCUGUGUUGAGGUCAGUGGGCUGGCUACUCCCUCUGUCUCUCUCUACAGAGUCUAUCAGAUCACUGACAGCCCGCGGCUGGACCAUCCACCAUCGCUCCGUCUACUACGGCUACAUCUCCACACUCAUCUGGAUAGCCGUGUUCUUGGCUGCGAUAACAGCCGUCGUCCGCAUAAAGCGCGGCAUCCGCUCCUCCAAGUGAUCAGCUGAUUGAAGGCGUGUUGUAAAAUAACACCUGAUUCAGCUGGACACACAGCAACUGUGUCUCCACCAAAAGCUUUACGUUUGUAAAUAUGAGAAAGUGAUAGUUUGUGUCAAGUGCCCUGAACAAGAAGAUGUUAGAGUGUAAAAUAACCUCAAAUUGUUCAAACUUAUUGUUUUGAAAGGUUAGUUUCUCAUGAAGGAGCACUUAGCUCAGGAAUACUUAGGGAAAAGGAAUUGGAUACACAACUAAAUUACCAGAAAAACACUUGAUAGAAGUUAAUAGUACCUACACAACGAGUCCAACACAAUUAAUUUGAUAUAUCAUCCCUACAACUGGGCUUUUUCACAAGGAAUUAGGUUACAAAGCUGGCACUGUUUAAACUGACAUUAUUAUUCUACUGUCUGGAACUAUUUUCUUUAUUAAGUUAGUUAUGUACCCAUGUAUUAUUUUUUUUAACCUUGAACUAGUUGCACAUAGUUAUGAAAUUUAGAUAAUAUGGUUAACUUUGCAACAGCACAAACAAUUGAAUCGAUACACUUAUUCAAAAGAAUUAUUUUUUUUGGUUCAAGAAUGUUUUAGUACAAAUAACCCAACUAGUGUAGUUCUAUAUCUGAACAUUGCGACAUUGAAAAAUAUGAUUUUAAUUUUUGGAAUUAUGUAAAAAGUGAUGGCUGACCUUCAUGGCAUGAUGCCUAUCUAUUUUUGUAAUUAUAGUGGAUAUGUAUAUUGUCUAGCUGCUCAAUAUAAUUUUUAUAUUUUUAAGUUUGUGUAUAUAGGAAAUUAGGUUUACAAUUAGAUUUAUUACUGUUGACUAUUAAAAUAAAUUAUUA